GUGCAGGAGAACAUCGAGCGGUUCUUUACCCGGUUCGUGGAGGAAGGCAAAGCCACCGUGCGCCUGCGGGAGCCGGCCGUGGACGUCUGCCUCAGCAAGGCAAAUGCCAGCAAUUUGAAGAAUUUCCUUUCAGCUGUGAGACUGGCUCACCAAGGGACCGAUGCAGGAGCUCUGCCUCUCUCAACUCUGGUACCAGCAAAGAACUCGGAAGUGGAAAAACCGAAGACAAAAAUGAUCAUAACAUCACGAAGGGACUAUCCUCUCACCAAAAACUUCCCUUACUCCCUCGAACAUCUCCAAACCUCAUACUGCAAACUUGCUCGGAUUGACACGCGCGUGCUUUGCUUGAAGAAACUCCGAAAACUCGACCUGAGCCAUAACCACAUCAAGCAGUUGCCAGCCACUAUUGGUGACCUGGUAUGCCUUCAGGAGCUCAAUCUGCACGACAACCACCUGGAGUCCUUCAGCGGGGCUCUGUGCAACUCCACCCUUCAGAAAUCGCUUCAGUUCCUGGACCUCAGCCAGAACAAAAUCAAAGCACUUCCAAUUCAGUUCUGCCAGCUGCGAGAACUCGUUAAUUUAAAGCUGGAUGACAACGAGUUGAUUAGGUUGCCAUUCAAGAUUGGCCAGUUGGAUCAUCUGCGCUUUCUGUCGGCAGCUCGGAACAAACUUCCCUUCUUGCCCAGUGAUUUUCGGAAACUCUGUCUUGAGAACUUGGAUCUCUUUGGAAAUCCUUUUGAGCAGCCUAACCCGCUUGUUCCCAACAUACAACUGAAAAUACCAUUGACUUUAUUAGAGUGUGCUGCAAGAGCAACCGUAAACUACAGAAUCCCUUAUGGUUGUCAUCUCCUUCCUUCUCACCUCUGUGAAGAUCUGGAAGUGGCUAAAACGUGCCAGUGCGGAGGCGCCUGCCUGAGCAGCUUCAUUCAGAUCACAGUGACCAUGAACCUCCAUCACGUAGCUCACACCGUGGUGCUGGUGGAUAACAUGGGAGGUACGGAAGCGCCCGUCAUCUGCUACUUCUGCUCCCUGGACUGCUACUCACAGUUCCUGGACCAGUACCUGCAGAGUAACGGGUGA